UUCAUCAAAGAAGACUUGUACUUCUACUUUUACGUUGACAGCAGUGUGUUAUAAUGUCUCGAGUUUAUGUUGGAAACUUGGAUCCACGAGUCACUGAGAGGGAACUAGAAGAUGAAUUUCGAGUGUAUGGCGUGCUACGAAGUGUUUGGGUUGCCCGGAGGCCACCUGGUUAUGCAUUUGUUGAAUUUGACGACCGUAGAGAUGCUUUAGAUGCAAUCCGUGCCUUGGAUGGAAAGAAUGGCUGGCGUGUUGAGCUUUCUCAUAAUUCCAAGGGUGGUGGAGGAGGCCGUGGUGGUGGUGGUGGACGUUCACGCGGUGGUGGGGGUGAUGACAUGAAGUGUUACGAGUGCGGUGAAGUUGGUCAUUUUGCUCGGGAAUGUCGCUUGCGCAUUGGCUCUGGAGGAAUGGGAAGUGGACGGCGUCGAAGCCCAAGCCCUCGACACCGGAGGAGCCCAAGUUAUGGGCGUAGUUACAGUCCACGCGGGCGAAGAUCUCCCCGGCGCCGCAGCAUAUCACCUCGUCGUGGCCGAAGCCCAAGCAGAUCUCCACCAUACCGCCAUGCUCUGCGUGAUUCUCCUUAUGCUAAUGGAAGUCCUGUUGCCAGAGAUCGACGCCGGAGUCGGAGCUGAAGGGGACUGGUCAUGGGAAUUGAAGAGAACCAUCAUUGUACUACUGAUAGGAUUGGAAGUUUCAGGACACAAAGACCUUGGUAUUUCAAUCUGCUGAAUGAACAUGAAAAGUUGGUUUUCUUAGACCAUUGAAAAAUAUGCUUUGAUGAAUAGAGCUGUCUUCUUCAAAUUGGAUGGCUGCCAAAUGGGGCUUUUGGACUCGCUUUUGCACGGCAUCACUCUCCUCAGCUUUGCUGGCAUAUGGAGAGGUCAUUUUCCUACUUCAUAUUUCCUUCUUACCUCUAUCAUACAUAUUUUGCAAUAACUAUAAUGAGCAUGACUUAUAUUUUUGUCUUUUGCUAAAUAUUUAAUGACCUAGUUUAAUGGUUUAAAGUAGAGGCUUUUGAAAAAUCUUACAUAAACCUGUACCUUUGUGUUUGUUUUGAGGUGCGGUUCUGCUAAAACGGCACCGUUCGGAACUUCUUCUCGGGUUUUCUGCGUCUGUGCUUCGCACCAUCUACUAAUCGCUCUUUGGGACCGUAACUUCUCCUUGACUGGGUUUUCUGCAUCUGUGCUUCUCACCAUCUACUUACUGCUAUUUGGGACUGUAACUUCUCCUUAAGUGGGUUUUCUGCAUCUGUGCUUCGCACCAUCCACUUACCGCUUCUUGUGCUUUUCCUGCUUGAAUCACCCACUGGAAUUGCCUAAAGCUCGGAUGCUUGGUCACAUGCGAGACAAUUGUUAGGUGCUCGCUCUACUCCAACAAAACUUCGAGCAUGUUUCCUGCUUAGAUCUUAACUUUUUAGCUAGCUGGUUUUAAAUCGUGAAGCUGCUGCAAGCUCUUCAGGUACUUGUGUUUCCAUGACAUGGUACUGGACCGUCCAUCGUAUAUGACCCCAUCCAUACUGUGCCAGUUCGUAUGCCUUCUGAUACAAUUGGUCUUUAAAGGAACUUAACAGUCAGGUAUCCGGCGAAUGCUUAUAAUACCGUUCCUUUACUGAA